AUGUAUACCAGAAUUAAAAAAAUCAUUAAAGUAGUUGAUGAUUCUGGCGAGGAAGAAGAAGAAGAAGGUUCAUUAAAUUUUUUGGGCCGUCAAGCACCAGUAUUGAAAAAAGAUAUGGAAGAGGCUGGAAACCAAAGCACUGGUCUAGAAAAAAUCGAGCAUAAAAUUGUAAAAGGAACUUUGCCCUAUCAAAAAGUAAACGGUAAUCGAAUAUAUCUCAAAGUUGCUGAGGAUUUCACUGAAGAAAAAUUAUAUCACUUGAUGGAUUUUUUGGAUCGACUAAUUGCAGCACCCAACAAACUUAUUUUUAGUGAUUUUAAAUUAAACGGAGAUCAGUUAUCAUUUCGCGCUAGUCAUUUGCCUCGUCUAAAUACAAAAAACGAAAAACAUUUGACUUCAGCAGAAAGCAUUGCAAAGGCUGUUUAUAAGAGACGAAAAGAUAUUCAAAAAAUGUCGGGGGUAUACGUUGAUGAGACUGGUAUCGGCAGCGGAGAAGAAGUGGUGCCAGUAGAAAGUGAAAAUCGUGAUCGUUUUUUUAUUCCUGUUCUUGUUGUGAGUGCAUUCACGAUAGUGCUGUUGCUAUCAGUGAUGGCAGCUCACCAAAUCUGGGAACAUCGUAAGAAAUCGCAUAAAGUUCCAGAAAUCAGUUUCAAAAAUUAUGGUGGAACUGGACUAUUAGCUUAUGAAGAUUUAUGUCGACAUCGAAUGAGUUCUCAGGAACCGGCUGGCAAAAUUUCAUCGCAAUCGCAUCAUUCCAGUACAUCGUCCUGGAUAGAAGAACCCGUUGGUCAAUCUACUCUCGAUAUUUCAACCGGUCAUGUCAUUUUGACAUUCUUACGUGAUUAUUUGAAAGAUGCGUCAAAAAUUGAAGAAGAAUGGGAUACCCUUGAUGGUUACGUGAAUCCCAGUGGAAUAGCAUCAAUUGCUGAGAAAGAAGAAAAUAUGGCGAAAAGCCGGAAUCCGAAUUGUCUACCAUAUGAUGACACGUUAAUUAGUAUUCAGAGUAUGAUAUCAAGAGCGGACACUUCAGCGUUUAUUAAUGCAUCAGCAAUUCAUGACUGUGAUCCGAAGCAGGCUAAUUAUAUUGUUACACAAUCGCCACUUCCGAAUACUAUUGCCGAUUUUUGGGAGAUGAUUUGGGAGCAGGGUACUGUACUAAUCGUAAAUUUGACAAACAACGGUGAUCUUCGAGAAGGAAGAUGCAUGCAGUACUGGCCCGGAAGUGGCUCAGAAAUUCAAGGAUCUUUUGAAAUUCAUUUGGUAUCAGAACAUAUUUGGAGUGAGGAUUACAUGGUACGAUCAUUUUAUCUAAAAAAUUUAAAAACAAAUGAGACUCAAACUGUAACUCAAUUUCAUUUUCUGACUUGGCCCAAGGAUGGAGUACCGUUGAAUACCAAAGCAUUACUCGAUUUCCGCAGGAAAGUUAACAAAUCUUAUCGCGGACGAGCAGCGCCAAUCGUUGUGCAUUCUACGGAUGGAACUGGACGAACUGGUACAUACUGUUUGUUGGACAUGGUACUGAAUCGAGUCACGAGAGGUUUGAAAGAAAUGAAUGUGGCAAGUUCGCUGGAGCAUUUACGUGAUCAACGUCCAGGCAUGGUGAAGACUUGCGAACAAUAUAAAAUGGUAUUUGUCUGCUUGGCGGAAGAAAUUACUGCUAUCGUGGCUGCAUUAUCUUAA